UUGUCAACAAUAAGUUCCUUUGAAAGAUUUCUUGUACUUCUUUGUUUAAGUUUUUAUUUAGAUUCAAAACAACAGAUAGUAUUUGGGAAUUGUUAAAGUCUUUUGGAGUUUUCGAGAAGAAAUUUGUCGUCAGUUUCUUUAAUCUUCCUUUUCGAUUUUGAUAUGGCUGGUAUGUGUUGUGGAGUUGUUGGUGAAGCGGACACUCCAUCAACGGUUGAGCCUAGUGGUGGUCGUCAAGCGAGACGUCGCCGGAUGGAAAUUCAUCAGCUUAAAUUCCUUGCCACCGCCGCCUCCGACGUAGCUGCGCCGCCCCCGGAGUGCUGUAGAAAGCGAAGGAAGGUGGAAAAUCUGGAAACGAUUGAAAAGAGUGUUGUGGUGGAGGAUUUAAGUCUUCCGGUAGAGUGCGAGAAGGUAGUUCAGCCGUGUGAUAUGAUGCGGAAGGAAGACUGUUGUCUUGAAAGUUCGUCGGAGACGGAGAUCGUGUUGAAUUCAUGCAAGUCGACGUUGGAGACUGUUGUUGAGACUGUUCAGGAUGAGGAUGAAUCUAGGUUUGGCGUUACCACGGUUUGUGGAAGGAGGAGAGAUAUGGAAGACGCCGUUGCUGUAAAACCGUCGUUCUGUGGUGAUGAUCUGCACUUCUAUGGCGUUUACGACGGCCAUGGCUGCUCACAUGUGGCGAUGAAGUGCAAAGAUCGAAUGCACGAGAUAGUAAAGAACGAGGUCGAAAAUGGCGGAGAAUCAAUAGAAUGGAAAGAGGCCAUGGCGACGAGCUUCACCCGAAUGGAUAAAGAAGUGACAGAGUGGAGCGAAGGUGCUUCGAUUUCGAAUUGUCGAUGCGAACUUCAAACUCCCCAAUGCGACGCCGUUGGAUCAACCGCUGUCGUUGCGCUGGUGACUCCGGACAAGAUCGUCGUCUCAAACUGCGGUGACUCGCGCGCCGUGCUUUGCCGGAACGGCGUUGCUAUUCCUCUCUCCUCCGAUCACAAGCCUGAUCGACCAGAUGAACUAUCCAGAAUCGAAGAGGCCGGCGGCCGUGUGAUAUACUGGGACGGCGCUCGAGUUCUCGGAGUACUAGCCAUGUCGAGAGCAAUCGGCGACAAUUACUUGAAGCCGUACGUGAUACCGGAACCGGAGGUAACCGUAACGGAACGUACAUCAAACGACGAGUGUCUAAUUUUAGCCAGCGACGGGCUGUGGGACGUGGUGUCGAACGACGUCGCAUGUAACGUUGCACGUAUGUGUCUAUCCUCGCAAACGCCGGCAUCGCCUCUGCGGUCACCGGGAAACGAAGUCAACGUUGCCGGCGGCGAAAGUUCCGAUAAAGCCUGUUCUGACGCGUCAAUCCUUUUAACAAAGCUAGCUUUGGCUCGACGGAGCUCAGAUAACGUGAGCGUCGUUGUGGUUGAUCUGAGAAGAAAUCUGUAACAAUUCAUUUCAAUCUUCAGAUCUAAUCCGAUUCCUUUUUUUAAUUGAAUCAAUCGAUUGUUGUAUUAAAAUCAUCAUCAAUCAGAUAUUGCAAUUGGAAUACAAGUUGGGUUUUGGAUAAGAUUUUUAGAUUUUAGAUUCAUGAGAAACGGGUGAAAGUGAAGCAUGAAUUGAUGAUGGACGUUGGCCGUUGAAGACGCCGCCGUGGACGGUGGGGCAAGUGGUGGAUGGAUAGUGGGGUUCCACCAUGGAUUCGAAUCGUUUGACAGGAUGAUGACUAGGGCAGAAGUCAGCGGCAGGUGAAGCCACGUCUACACUUUUUGUAUUUGGUGUAAACAAUGACGUGACUUCGAUGUGUAUGCGGUGGAUUCCUAUGAAACGCAUAGUCAUUAAAAACGAAUAUUAAUUUCAACUUUAUUUGUUAAUUAAUACAUUAUUAUACUAUAAUUAAGUUAUGUGUUAAUUACGAAAAUGACCAAUAUUGAAAAUUACAACAAAGUAUCACAAAAUAGGGAAAAUACAAAGAAUGGGUCAAG